CCCAGCCCGGCCGCCCUCGGAGCGAGCGAGGAGCCGCGGCGACGGCGGCGGCGGGAUGGGGCUGCCGGGCGCGCUGGCGGCGCUGCUGCUGCUGCUGGGCUCGGCGUGCGGGAGGGCGGCGGAGGAGGAGGAGGAGGAGGAGGAGGCGGCGCCGUCCAGCCCCGCCGAUUUUCUCCUGCUUGAGCUUUCUUUGGGAAAAUUUAAGACCAUCUUGCUGAACAGAACCGUUCCAACUGAAGCAGUGUUGAGAAAUAUUGCCAGCAAUGUGACGGUCAUUAUCUUUCAGAUCCACACCCAUCAGAAGAACGUAACAAUCUCCUUUGAUAAGAAACUUUCUAUGAACAGCUCUGGAAGUGGAGCAGACCGAGGGCUGGUUUCCCUCCUUCAGCCUCAGCAGAGUGUGUGUACCUGGUAUCUGAGAGCUGUGGAUGCCGAUCAGGUGCUGAGCUCAGCUGUGUCUCUGUCCUAUACUGAAAGAGAUCCAAUCCCUGGAGGCUGUAAUCUGGAGUUUGACUUGGAAAUCGAUCCCAGUAUUUAUCUAGAAUAUAACUUAGCCGAGACACACAUUAAAUUUGCCCCAGCAAAUCUGGGAUAUACAAGAGGUGCAAACCCUCCGUCAUGUGAUUCUGGGACUGGCAGGGACACGAGGUGGAGGCUGUACUAUGAAAUCUAUCAGUAUUUCCUGCCAGAGAAUGAUUUGUCCGAAGCUGCUUUUAUGAGCCACAUGAGGAGGAUGACUGAAGUACAAAACAUCAGAGCGAAUGGCGUCAGACUAAUGAUCUUAAGUAGUGAAGACAAAACGGACCUGUACUUCUCAUCGCUCCCUGGACAAGGAGUGAUUUACAAUGUCAUAGUGAGAGAUCCGCUGUGGAACACGUCAGCUGCCUAUGUGCCUGUCCACACGUAUGCCUGUAACCUGAAUGCUGUGGUUGAUAACUGCGCCUCUCUCAGAAGACUCUCCACCAAAGUGUUCUUUACCAUGCUUGCCGUCCUUGGUCUCUUCGUCUGUUUCUUUGGACACCGCUUCUGGAAAACCGAUCUAUUCUUCAUGGGCUUCAUCUUCGUGGCCUUCUUUUUCUUCAUUGGAAUUACCCAAACAGCUGACCUUCCUUAUGAUGUGGAUCUUGGGUGUACAGCACUUGCUGGAGCUGUUGGUGGUCUCCUCUUGGUAGCAUACUGGUGGCGAUUUGGCGUUGUGUUCCUCUGCAUGUUGGUUGUAGGAUUCGUGCUGGGCUUUCUGGUUGCAGCGACCAUGUUCUUCACUCCCUUAGGUGACUACAGCGUUUUCCAGGACGAUGCUGUGUUUUGGGUGACGUUCUGUUGUGUGGCCUUGAUGGUUCCAGUCAUAUUUGUUGGCUGUCCUCUAGUUCUGAACAUCGUGGCUUGUGGCAUCCUAGGCUCUUACACGCUAGUCUUGGCUGCUGCCUGCUACUUGUAUACCAGCCUCUCGUACAUUGGCGUGAACCUCCUCCGGCGAGUUCUCAACAAUGACUUCAGAAGAGCUUACUCCAAUGUUCCCUUUCAGCCUAACGACCUCAUCCUUUUGGCAGUCUGGGUGAUGCUGGCAUUUGGUGGGAUCACGGUGCAGCUGCGCCGUGAGAGAGGCGAGGCGCCUUUCCCACCCCACCCUUAUCGGCUAUGGAGGCGGGAGAGAGAACGCAGAAUAACCAACGUCCUGGACCCGAGCCACCACGUCCCUCCCCUGAAAGAGAGGAUUCUGAGCCAGGUCUCCCAGGUCAAGGACUUGUUCCACAGAGAGCAGCCGGCAGGGGAGAGAACGCCGCUGCUUCUGUAGCCGGGGAGGCCGUUGGGAAGAGGCUGCGGGGACACGGCUGAAGGUUUUGAGGAGGUGUCCGGUGGCACUGCAGUCACGGCUUUGCCCAGCUGGAUGAAGCUAACGUGGGCUGGCCAGAGACGAGCACUAGUCCAGCCUGAGAGGCCCUGCAUUCUGUGUGGCAGCCUUAACUGGCAUUUAACUGUGGGUAGCGAGGAUCAAGGACACAUAUAUGCCUUAUGCAGAGGGGUGUGUGCGUGGGAAAAGGAGGGGUGGGUGAGAAAGGAGUUCAAGGGUAAAGUUUGCAACUUUAAAACCUCAGAUCCCUGAGGAGAUGAUCACUUCAAGCGCAUGCUGAGUUGAUUCUUCCUUUCCUUUGAACUCUGCAUCGAAUGCCAGCCCUGAGCGUGGUUUGAGUUCUAAGCUGGAUUUGCAAACAGGGAAAAGGUAACCGAAGACGGAUGGUGUCGGCACUGUUACAGCUAUGCAAUACCGGUACAAAGCCUGCAUCGUCCCUCCUGGCUGAUAAGUACUUUAAGAUAAACUCAGCUUUUACUUGUAUUCACUUUCUGUGUCGGGAAGAUGAGCAGUUCUAGUUGCAAAAUCCCAGAAUGGGGGAAGUAAACUUUAUUCCCUAGCAGAGUGUUACUUGGGCCUUGCCAGGUACGGUAGACUAAGUUAGUAGCUGCAAAGGUUAAGAAAAAUGGCCACAGUCUCUGAAAUGGAAGUCUUUAUUGGAGAAGGAAAAGCAUUAGAAUAUCCAGGAAUUAAUUUGGCGGUUGUCCUUGCAGAUCUUUUUAUAGCAACCAUAUGUUGCAUAAGAGUACUAUUCUUGGCCACAACACUAAUGGUCACUUUAUUUCUUCAGCUUUUAUAUUUGAAAGAUUAAACAAUUUGCAGGCCCCUGGGGCACUUCUGUUCAGGGGCCUUGAGAGGGACUUAGAAUGGGCCGAUCUUCCCUGGCUAAACCCCGGCCAGGCACAGGGGAGUGUUCCCGAUGCGUCUGCCUGAGCGCCCCCCCCCCCGGCUUGCAGUAAGGCGAGGAGGAAGCAGAAGCUGGCCUUCUCGGAACGUGGCAGCUUGUAGGCAGCCUUAGGGGACACGCGGUGAGCAGUCAUUGGGGGAAGGGGGGCUGACAUUAACGCUGCCAAUUAGUCCAGUAUGCAAAGGCAGAUGUGGUGGAAGUAGCCUGAGCUCCUGUCACUCGCAGGACUCCCUAGAUUUAAGCCACGCUCUUGAAACCUGCGUGGUGGCCGGAGAGGAAGCUUCUUAAUCUGCUAGGCCAGUGGAGUUUGAGAUGCUUGCCGUUUGUGCAGACUGGGGGUUGCAGUGCCUGCAGCAGGCGCUUACAGUUGAGAACUUUUAGGAAGGGAACGUCUUCCUUUUCCGUGCUGCUGUAGUCGACGCUGGGCCUGUCAAGCUUAUCAAUUCUUCAACAAGCACAGGAGAAUCGAUCUUGUCCAACAUUCCUCCCAGACAGGCAGGCCUAGCAACAACACACCUUUGCUUCCCGUUUACCAGUCAAAUUCGGCCUCUCCUCACAUGUUCAACAGAGAGGUGGUGUGUUCCAAUUUGAUCUCUCUUGGACUGGUGUGACCGUGUCACCUUCUGUAUUGGGGGAGUGCAGAGGCGGCAGAAGACUUGUUGGCCCAACCCCUUAGACGUCCCUGUUGAACGGGACAGCUGCGGUGGUGUGCUCAAGUUGUCUUUCAGAUUUAGAAUUGCCAGGAGGAGCUCUGGGAAAUGCGCUGGUUGCAGCAGGAGAGACAGCAGCCGGCCACCCCUGCCCAUGACACCCAGGCCCUGUUUAGCCCAUGCCGUGGCGGCUGGCUGGGGUUCCAACUUUCCUGCCAGAUUGGGAAGGCAGGUGCUGCUGCCGCCGCCGCCUUUCCCCCCCUGUUCUAGUGCAUCCUGGCAACCGUGGGGCCCCAAAUGAUGAAGCAAAUCGAUAUUCUCAAGAUUUUCUGAAGAUCUGCAACAGCGUCAGAUGGAUCAAAGUAGGCAACCUUAUUUUAAAUACACAAAAGUUAACAUUUGAUUGUAUGGCAAUAAAUAAAUGUGAUCAUAAAUGAUGGGGAAAUUCUAUAGUUCUUGGCCACUAUUUGGAGAUCAAGGCCGCCAUUUUAAUUUUUUAAAGCGAAAGAAGUAGAUGAAAUACCGUUUGUGUUUGCUGCCUGGUCAUCUCUUAGUACUGACAAACUGCCAUGUCCAGAAUUGUAAUUACUGGUGGGGGCGGGGCGGGGCGGUGAACAGUCAUUAUUACGAUGCAAAAAAUUAACCAAUUUUCUAUCUUUUUAUAAUAAAUAUGCUUGUAAU